AUGUCUACGCGACCUCAGCGAGUCGUCGCUCGAGAGGCCGAGGGGCACUCCACAGAAAAUACUUCUCCUAGUAUACGAAAGCGCAAAGUCUCUCGAGCUUCCAACCCAAAGAGUCACAAAGCACGAAGAUCCAUGGCUGCACAGUCCACACUUGACAAUAUAGACACCGAAGGUGGAAGGGCAGAAGAUGGGGAUACAAUGUAUGUAGACGAUCCUGCUCCUAUCCUCGACUCCAUUAUUGAUUUUGUUGCUUCUACUGUGACUAACUUAAAGCUUUUGGAUCCUGCCGCAUUUACAUUGGACUUGAAAGGUUUCUAUGAAUACAAACUAAUCUUGUCGCCAAUUAAAAUGCCAUUAUGGCAACCGAAAUGGGCACAACCAGAAUCAAAACCAAUUCCAGAUAUCGUGGAGAUGCCCAAAGAUUCGAACUCUCAAGAGCCGGAUCUUCGAAUUGAGUAUGCCCUUACUACCAUGUCAUUGACCUUGGAUACUAAGAUUGGCUGUAUAGUGAUGUAG